GCCCACUUGGGAGGGUGGUCAGUAUGCUGGUGAUGAAGCAAGUCGACUGGAUGCACUUCGAUUAGCAAUGAAGUUGGGAGCUGAUUAUAUUGAUGUUGAGCUAAAGGCUAUUGACGAGUUCAAUACUGCUCUACAUGGAAAUAAGUCAGCAAAAUGCAAAGUUAUUGUUUCUUCUCACAACUAUGAUAAUACACCAUCAUCUGAGGAGCUCGGCAAUCUAGUAGCAAGAAUACAGGCAUCUGGAGCUGACAUUGUGAAGUUUGCAACAACUGCACUGGAUAUCACCGAUGUUGCACGUGUAUUCCAAAUUACUGUACAUUCUCAAGUAAGCGGCGUACCAAUAAUAGCCAUGGUCAUGGGAGAGAAGGGUUUGAUGUCUCGAAUACUUUGUCCAAAAUUUGGUGGAUACCUCACAUUUGGUACUCUUGAAGUAGGAAAAGUUUCGGCUCCUGGGCAACCAACAAUUGAAGAUCUUUUGAGUAUAUACAAUUUCAGACAGUUGGGACCAGAUACCAGAAUAUUUGGCAUUAUCGGGAAGCCUGUUAGCCAUAGCAAAUCACCUUUAUUGUAUAAUGAAGCUUUCAGAUCAGUUGGGUUUAAUGGUGUUUAUAUGCCUUUGCUGGUAGAUGAUGUUGCAAAUUUCUUUCGGACUUACUCAUCUUUAGAUUUUGCUGGCUUCAGCUGUACAAUUCCUCACAAGGAAGCCAUUGUCGACUGCUGCGAUGAAGUUAAUCCUACCGCUAAGUUGAUAGGGGCUGUCAAUUGUGUCGUAAGGCGACCUGAUGGGAAGUUGUUUGGUUGCAAUACAGACUAUGUGGGUGCAAUCUCCGCCAUUGAAGAGGCGUUGCAAGGCUCACAACCUAUUAUGUCUGGGUCACCCUUAGCUCGUAAAUUGUUUGUGGUCAUUGGUGCUGGUGGCGCUGGCAAGGCACUUGCUUAUGGUGCAAAGGAAAAGGGGGCUCGGGUGGUGAUUGCUAACCGUACCUAUGAACGGGCGAGAGAACUUGCUGAUGUAGUUGGAGGUCAGGCUCUGUCUCUUGACGAGCUUAGCAAUUUCCAUCCAGAAAAUGACAUGAUUCUUGCAAAUACCACCUCCAUUGGCAUGCAACCAAAGGUUGAUGAUACACCAAUCUCUAAGGAAGCUUUGAGGUACUACUCACUUGUAUUUGAUGCUGUUUAUACGCCCAAAAUCACUAGACUCUUGCGCGAAGCUCAAGAGAGUGGAGUAAAAAUUGUAACCGGAGUUGAAAUGUUUAUCGGGCAGGCAUAUGAACAAUAUGAGAGAUUUACAGGGUUGCCAGCUCCAAAGGAACUUUUCAAGAAAAUUAUGGCUGGAUAUUGAGAGCAAGCCCUUUACAACGCAGCCUGCUAAUUACUUUUCCUCUUAAAUUCUACAUAGUUGUGUGAUAGCAAUGGUCUUAGAUUCCUCUGUCCUACCAUAUGUGCUUCGGAAGAAUUAAUUCGUUCCAGGUAAAUCGUGUUUUCCACCAAAACAAAUUCUUGAGGAUGUUCAGAAAAAGCAGUCAGACAUACCAGUGGACAAUCGUCAUCAUUCUGGCUUAUAUUAGACUCUUGUAGCACUUCAUUCUUUGACAACUAUGGUUCUUUGGGAAGUAAUUUCUUUUGUACCUCUAAUUCUGGUUUCAUUGAACACAUAUUCCAGUGUUUCAUCAUUGUAACCCCAUACUGGGAAUUCCUCUUGAUUAUCAUUAUUAUUAAAUCUUGUCACAUUAUUGUAUCACACCAAAACAGUUUUUUUACUUGAGUUCA